ACGUUUCUUGUCAAAAUGCUAACCACACAUUUGCGUUUCGCAACCGCAAGAACCAAACUGAUAGAUAACAAAACCUGUGGGCAGAAUCUCUUUUUUUUGGUAAAGCGUAACAUAAUGGGAAUGGUAUUUGGUAAAAUCUCCGUGGAGACACCCAAAUACACCGUGGUCAAAUCCGGCGACAGUUACGAGAUCCGUGAGUAUCCACCGACCGUUGCGGCCGAGAUCACUUACGAUCCUUCCGAGUUCAAAGACAACAGAGACGGCGGCUUCACGGUCUUGGCCAAGUACAUAGGCGUGUUCGGCAAGCCUGAGAACCAGAAGCCGGAGAAGAUCGCCAUGACUGCUCCUGUGAUCACCAAGGAAGGAGAGAAGAUCGCCAUGACUGCUCCGGUCGUGACCAAGGAAGGAGGAGGAGGAGGAGGAGAGGAGAAGAAGACGGUGACGAUGCAGUUUCUGUUGCCGGAGAUGUACAAGAAGGCUGAGGAUGCGCCGCGUCCGACAGAUGAGAGGGUGGUGAUUAGGGAGGAAGGAGGGAGGAAGUACGGCGUGGUUACGUUCAGUGGUAACGCGGCGGAGAGUGUGGUGAGCGAGAAGGUGAAGAAGCUGAGGAGUGAUCUCGAGAGAGAUGGGUUUAAGAUCACCGGUGAGUUCGUCCUUGCUAGGUACAAUCCUCCAUGGACAAUACCUCCGUUCAAGACCAACGAAGUCAUGAUUCCUGUUGAAUGAUGAAAACUAUAUCCAAAGUUUAUAGCUUUUGGUCUCAAAAAACUUGUCUUUUCAGAACAAUAAUGUAAUACAAUGCCGGGUUUUGAAUUUUAAUAAAUCAACGACAAA